CUCCUCAGACAAACCAUGGCGGACUCCAAGCCCAAGCCAUCCUCAAUUCCUUCAUGGCAGCAGCCCAACAACGCCUCCAACCCCAACAAUGACAACUCCGAGUCUACCUCAUCGCCGACCUCCGACGACUCCUCCCGGUCAGCUCUCAUCGAACAAGCAGCCAAGUUCCUCGAGGAUGAGUCCAUCCGUGACGCUCCCACCGAUCGCAAAGUGACAUUCUUGCAAUAUAAAGGUCUCCGAGAGGACGAGAUCAAUACCCUCCUAGGCAUAUCAUCCACCCCCAAGGCGAGCGAUACAACCGAGGAAGAAGAGAAGACCGCUUCCCCGGACACCACUCCUCCCAGCAGCACCGAACCAGCGCCAGCACCAGAACAAGCAAAUAAUGCCUCAGCAUCAUCAACCACCCAACCCACGCCUUCAUCCUCAAUCACCACACCCACCCCAUCACCAACACCCCCCAAAACCACCACCACCACUACCCGCGACAUCCCCCCCAUAAUCACCUACCCAGAAUUCCUCUCCACGCCCACCAAACCACCCCCACUCGUAACCCUGCGCAGCGUGCUCUACACCCUCUAUGGCGCCGCCGGCCUCAGCGCCAGCUUCUACGGCGCCAGCGAAUACCUGAUAAAGCCGAUGCUCUCGAACCUGACAAGCGCGCGACAAGAGCUGGCCUCCACAGCAACAAGCAACCUCCACAAGCUAAACGAGAAGCUCGAGCAAAACGUCUCCGUAAUUCCAGAAAGCCUUAAGAACAAGACCGCAAACACCGAAAACGACUCAUCCUCCACCGACACUGAGUCCAUCACCUCCGACCCAACGGAGCUCUUCCACCGCGACGUCGCCACCCAAACAGCCACCUCGGACUUCGCCGCAACCUACAACAACAAGACAGGCACAGACAAAGACUCCCCAGCAGACCCCACCGCAGCAGUAACCGACCACCUCAAGCGUCUUGAGAGUAUCCGGUCCCAGCUCCGCGACUGCUCCGACACAGAGAAGGAAUCCAGCACGCUGGACAGUGGGAUGCGCACGCGGUUGAAUGAACUGCACCAUUACCUGGAUGGGUUGAUCUACAGUAAGCCUGGGUUUAACCCGCUCUCUGGAUACGGCAUGUAUAGCACGCCUGGGAUGGAUUCGGGGAGUGGAGCGGCAACCGGAGUGGGCAAGGGCGAGGAGGAUGCGAUUGCGAACUUCAGGGCGGAGAUUAGAGGUGUGAAGGGGGCGUUGUUGAGCGCGAGGAAUUUCCCUGCGGGUCGUGGGGGCAGGAUUGGG